AAAACUAAUUUAACUGCCCUCGCCAUACUUAUCCGUAAUAGCCCACCGUUCCCGCGAUCCGUGUAUAAAGUUCCAAUCCUUGCUUCCUCUCGCCGGAAACAGAGGUAGGAGAAGAAGGACCAAAUCCUUGUGCGAUACGAGCGGAAGGAGAGAGAAAUGCUGAGAUCCGUUGCUAUCCGAGCUCCAUCUUCCUCUUUUGCUGCCAGUUUUCUUUUGGAGCCGUCCGCCGCCGUCGAUCUCUCGCAGGCUCGGCCGGUGCCGAGAUCGAGCGUGGUGUGCAACGCACAGAGGAGCGAUGCCUCCAUCCCCAAGCUCGAGCCCUUCAGCAGGAGCCGGAUAGAUAGGCUGAUCAAGGAGCCUUCUUUCUUGCAGAAAUGCGAGAACGACCUCACAGAUUACUGCUCGACACUUGAAGGUGAUGAGUCCUACAGCUGUUGGAGGGCCUACUUUGAGCUUAAGGAUCUUGAGAAGGAAAUGCCAAAAGAAGAUGUGGAGAAGCUAGUGAGGCAAGCUGGUGGAAUGAAGUCCCUAAUCGACUGUUUACAUGGGAUCACAGCAAUGCAAAAGAAGAAAGAUAAAGAAGUCCAAAAUCCCACAUCAUUGAGAUCAGAGACACAAGGGGAAAGACCUUUCCCUGUGCCUGAUGGACUGCCCAAGACCCCUGAAGAGAUGGAAGAAGAAGAAAAAGCUAGAAUGCCGGACUCUUCUUUCACCAGGCUACUUAGGAGGAGGGGUAGACUUCCUGCUUGGUAUACGCUACCCCCAGAUCAUGAAACUGAUUGAACUGUUUCUAGUGUUGGUGACUGAAUCAAUGUAUAUAUAAUACUUUCCAUGUAUGUUUUUUGUCUCUUAAGGUUGAGGUCCUUUUGGGUGUAGGAGAGGUAGUGUGUAUAUAUUUUUCAUGUGAAACUGGUCAAAUUGCGUGUUAUUCUUGUUUUCUGUAUAAAGACUACCUUAUCUUGCUGAUAUGAAUUUAUUUUGAUGCACAACUUUACAGUUGUGGAUUCAAGUUGGUCCA